GCGCAUGCGCAGUCGCGCUCCCGGAAACAUGUUGACAGACGAUUUUAUUGUUAAUCCACAGAUGUGUUGCUCGGUGCAGCAUGACAGCGUUUCAUAUAUGAUCUGCUGAGUCAUUGACUUAUCGCCUAUAUGUAUACAUUAUAUGCACAAUGCUGAAAUAUUUAGUAGCUCUCAUCUCUAUGGUUCUGGCCGUCUGGACGGUGCCCGAGUGGCUCACGUUCCCGAUCUACGGUAAUGUAGUGACAGUACUGGAGUCGUGGCUGCGGCAGCGGGUCAGUGAAGUGUCCGCAUCUUCUCCGGGACUCUUGCUGACCAAAGAGCAGCUCUCGUUAUACAACGGAGGAAAGAACAGCAAAGGAUUGUAUCUGGCGAUUUUAGGACAGGUGUUUGACGUUGAAAAGGGGAGAAAGCAUUAUGGCCCGGGAGGCGGUUAUCAUUUCUUUACAGGAAAGGAUGCUUCAAGGGCGUUUAUUACUGGCGAUUUCACAGAGGCUGGUUUAUCUAACGACGUCUCGGAUUUCUCAGAGUCGCAGAUUGUGGCUCUUUAUGACUGGCUGUCCUUUUAUCAGAGGGACUACACUCCAGUAGGCAAACUUAUAGGCCGAUUCUACACAGAAACUGGGCAGCCCACUGACGCUUUGCUCCAUGUUGAGGCUUUCUUAUCUGACGGGCUGAAGAAAAAGGCCCAGGCUCAGAGUGAGAUGCAGCUUUACCCCUCCUGUAACUCAGAGUGGAGUGAAGCCAGCGGGGGACGAGUAUGGUGCUCAACGAUGAGUGGCGGCAUUCACAGAGACUGGGUUGGAGUACCCAGAAUGCUAUUCACCCCUGGAUCUGGUCAUUCCAGAUGUGUGUGUAUCCGACUCUCCGAUCCUGUUCACUCCGAGAACCGAAACCUGAGAGAGUACACGGACUGUCCUCCUCGAGCAGAGUCCUGCCAAAUCGCUAAAGACUGAGAUACAAGUCUU